GUUUUGUGUCUUGCUUUUAACUUGUUGCUUGUUGCUUCUAAAUUUACUUUGCUAAUUGUUCAUAGUUUAAAAUAAAUUAAUCAACGUGUUAUUUUACUAAACGUGGUGAAAAUUUAAAGUGAAAAAGUAAGAAUCCACAGAGGAAGGAGUAAACAUGGACUCAGAGUACAUAAAAAAGCACCUGGGACACUGUUUGGCAGAGGGUCUUGCUGAAGUGGCUGAGCAGCGCCCCGAUGACCCAAUCUUGUACCUCGCUCAUUGGCUUUACAAAUACAAGGCCAAUGUGAAAUAUGAGACACAGAAAAAGGCUGCAGCGGCUCAUAUGGAGGAAGAGUUGGCCAAAGCCAGAAAAGAAGCAUCACACCAGCAGAAGCUACAGGAGGAAGAGAGAAAGCUCAACGAGGAAUUUGAAAAGUCUAAACAGCAGUUACAAGAAACAACUGCAGUACCUGAUACACCUGCUCCUGAUACACAAAUAGAAAAAACUGAAGAAAAGACACCAGUGAAAGAUGACACAACAGUUAACGCAACCUCAAAAGACAAUCCAGACCAAAACAAAAUAAAAUCGGAAACUGACAAAGAUGCUACAGAGGUGACCCCAAGAGAUACUGAAAACAGACCACAAUCAGCUCCAGAAGGGGGCAGCACAACCCCAGAUUUACCUGUCAAUGCUGCAGAGACUGAGACCCAAGAGCAACCUAAAGAAGACCAGAAAGACGACCAGGCAGGAGAAAGUGAAGAACAGACAGAUAUUAUUAAGCAGGAAAGUGAACAAGCUGAGCCCAGUCUGACUGAAAAUGCAGUGGAUACAACAGCGGAGCAAACCAUCACGCAAGAGGAAACAAAAGAGGUGGAUACAAAACAGGUGGAUAAAGAUGAGGAGGAGCAAAGCAUUGAACCACCAGACAACGCUAAAGAUAAUGAAGAGGCCAAAACAACUGAACCUGCUGAAUCUUCAAAUACUGAUUUAAACCAACCUGAGAAGCAAGAAGAAAGUGAAAAUAUGUCAAAAUCUCCUGAUGAAGAAAUACCAGACAAGGAAAACGUCAACAAUGAUCAUGACAAACUCCAGGAAAAUGAACAACCAGAAGAAACUAUUUCUGCUGAAGAUAAUGAAGCGUCAAGUUCUAAAAUUCAACAGACUGAGGAAAAGGAAGUAGAUGUGAAACAGAAUGAACCCAUUGACAAUAAGGACAGCACACAGAAGGAGGAUGCAAUGGAUGGAGGUGCUAGCACUGAUAAACCUACAGAAGACUUCUCUCAAAUAGAAUUACACAAGGAGGAGGAUAAAAAUACAGAAGCCAUUUCACAUGAAGAAGAUAAGGAGGAAGUGCCAUAA